UCAGUGUUGGCCGGGGGAAAGGGGGAAGUAUGAAGAUGAUAGUUUUGAAAGGUUUUAUUCCAUUUGCAACGCUUCACUUAACAUAAAAUGUGCGCUGUCAUCCAGAUCCUUUUGGAGAGGUGGAACAGCCCCUCCAUGAGCAUCGACAUGUACGUCUCGAGAUAAGCGUGCUAGCGAUGAAGUGAGACUGAUAGUAGUAAAACAAAUCACCCCUCAGUGAAUUCAGUGAGCAGCAGUGCAGAGAGGUGUACAUACUGCGAGUGAGAAGACAGGCAAGGUACGUCAGUACGAGCAGACGACACACUGCGCAACAGACGAUCAUUCUGCCUCAAGGGAAUAUUUCGAGACUUCUCGGUUAUGGAGUGUGUUGUGGACUAAAGAGGUGGACUGACACACGAGCAGACGAUAUGCAGCGAACAGAAGCGCUGUUUUCGGAGUUUCAUUGAAGUGUUCAGCUAGGUUAAAGAAGGAAGGGUGUAAUACAAGUAGUGACGAUAGGAUGAAAGUUUACAGUCCAGUCUCAGUCCGGUCUUGAGAGUGUUGUGUUGAGGGACACGGACCUGGUGCUGAGGAGCGGUUGUCAGUUUUACUCGAUCAUUCGGAUUAACAGUACAGUGACAUUGUUUUGCAUAGUUUAGCAGUGUAGUGUCAACAUUAGAAACUAGCCCAGGAUCAGGUACAGUUCCGGGUCGGGAAUACUCAUGUUUGAAGGUGUACUGAACGAACACGCUCCUAUUUAUAUCACUUGCUAACACGCAGACGACAAGCAUGGCCUACAUUAGACGUGUUUUCGAUGGAUUAACGGGAUACCUUCAAGUUUUGUGACAGCAAGCAAGGGGACCCCCCGGGACGAUGUCGAUGUGGGUGGAGAGGAUGGGCCUGGGAGGGGUGGAGAACUUCAUUCGUUCAAUCUCCCAGGGCCUUGCUAACACCGUGCUCGGCUACUUCACACAUUCCAAGGACUCGGAUGAGCCGGACAUACAGGAACUGAUCGCCUCCAGCCUCCAUGACCUGUACGGUGACGCUGCUCCCACUGCCAUCAUCCAGGCUGGGGUGUGUCUGGCAUCCCAGUACCGGGGCAACGUCACCCACUUCCUCUCCCACUUCUUCUACCCCUGCCUGGAGGUUCUCGACAGAAUCAAGAUCUGCCAGUUAAGCGCCACACGACAUGCCGAGGAUGACUGGCCACUUGGAUACAAGGGAGCAGUCAUUGUACACAUCUACAUCACCUCUGACCAAGAACAACUUUCGGAGGGAGAAUUUCUUUUCUGUGUAUGUACGCAGAGUAGGGAUUGUCCGUGUUUGGUGUUAAGGUACCAGGGUACGGAUGGUGUACAUGAAUAUCUUGUGUUAGAAAGUGAAUACAGGCAGGUGUUCACAAUGGAUUGGGUACGCAAGAAACCACCUAAAAUGGAAGAUCAAGAUUGGCCAAGAGUUCUGCGGAACUGCCUGGCCAUGAUGGAGGAAAAGAUCCAGCGCUUACGUUGGGAGGAUGUAGCUGGGGAUAUGGAAACAGAGGAUUCUGGGAGUUGUGCAAGUGUUUCAAAGGGAUCGGACAUAUCUGGGGGUCAGGAAACUAACCUCAGUUCAGACUCUGCUGUUGCUAAUGAUUCCCCAUCAGCUUCAGUGAAGGAUGGAGGCUCAAGUCAAAGUUGCAGUCGCCACAGCAGCAGCGGAAGUCUAAGUAGCAAUGGAUACCACACCAAGCGGGACUUAGACUGUCCUAGAAUUAUCAUGGAUCUCGACUACGAUCUGCUCCGAUCAGGAGUAGCCAUUUUACCAGGUAGUCGGGAUGUCAAUGGUAACGCUGUUGUCUUCAUCUUUACUGGGAGCAUGAUCUGGCAUAAUAGACAAGUCCUGAGUGUGGAACUGGCCAGACUCCUCAUGUACUACUAUUCUGUGCCCAGGCCUGCUGCCGUCCGCCAUGGCAUGACGCUUGUAGCCGACAUCCGGGGUUCCACGUCCUCCAUAAUCAACACGCUGCUAGAAUCACUGUACAUAUUUCAAGAUAACAUUCCAGAUGGCAUGGCUAUGGUCCAUCUAAUGGCCGACAAGUCCACACAGUCACUCGUCUUCAAGUCCCCCGUCUACGAUCCUCAUGCCGGCUUAAAGCUUGAUCUCAUUAUGUCACCAGAUUUGAUUCAUCGUUUCGUUGCCCUUAACCAGCUUCCAUUUGCCCUUGAUGGACAUUUUAACUACAGCCAUGAUGAGUGGGUCCGAUUCAGAAUGAAAUUAGAACCAUUUCUGGCAGAUUGCCGUGAAGUGGCCAAGUAUCUAGUCCAAGUAAUGCAGGACCUCUCGUCACUGGAGAAACUGCCACGCACAACCCUUGCAACUAGUCAGUUGAUUGAGCAGCACGAACAGAUGGUGAAGCAGGCAUUUGAUGACCCCCGACUGGUCGUCCUUCAGCAGGACGGCGAGACUACCAUGAGCUCACUCAGGCGCAACUCGUCCCUGUCUGCUCACUCUGAUGAUUACAAAUGUGCAAUGGAGACCAUCAACUCCCUGUUCCGCCAACUGCAGGACACCAUGAUGAAACUAGUCAAGAUGGCCGAGACAAGACUCAAUAAGCUCGAGCAGUGUCUGCAACUCCGGGAAUUUGAGGAAGAGUGCACCAAGUUGAUCUCUUGGACCAGUAAUGAUGGCAGUCAGAAUAUACAAAGGCAUUCCUGCACAGCAGAUAAUCUGAAGGCAGCUCGGAUACAGCAGAAGGACUUCGAGAAGUUCUAUUUCUCGGCCAUGAAACACAUCGAGAAAGGCAAUGACAUGUUGGAGGAAGCUAGCAUGUUGACCCAGACGGGUAAUGAGGUGACAGGUUACAAAGAUCUGGCCCGGAUGUUGAAGAACCACCUUCAUCAGUUCACUAGUCAGCUGGAAGCUACGAGGGAACGGAUUGAGGGAACGGCACAGUGCUACCACCUGCUGGAUAAGAGUUACGAGUGGGCCUUGGAGGCCAUGAAGUAUGUCGCCAGCAUGAGGAUGGAACACUGCGCAAGUCCUGAUGGCCUUGACAAGCUGCUCAAGUCUCUUGAUGCCUAUCUGAAGGAACAUCCACCUCUCACAGAAGAUGCCUUUCUGCAGAUGAUCAACACAGCUCAGAAGCUGCACAAUGACAAGCUGCUGGAACAGUGUCGAGUCGCAAAAGCUCGGUGUGAGGAGACAUACCAAUUGUUACUUCUACGUCAGAACACUCUUAAACGUGCCAAGGACCAGCUAGUGAAAGAACAGACAGUGAAAAGUGCCUCGCCCAAAUCUGUGCUGAAACCACUGGAGGACACUUCCCCUGAGUGGGAGCCACAAACGACCAGCACACCUUAUCGGAUUUCUGCACCCGGUCAUCGGGUGUUGGAUAAACCGUCAGAUUCUUCCAGUGGUAGUAAUGUGUCCCUGUCUCCAUCCAGGAGUAGGACAUUAGAGUCUCAAAGUGAGGCAAGAGACAAGAGUGUUUAUUGCACCCGAAAUGGUGGCACCAGUGCCAGUCUACCAGUGUCUCCCACGUCUGACCACAGCAGUUCUGACAGUGGGAGUGCAUCUGACUCAAAACUGCUGCUGUGUCGAACAAUCUCACAACCCCUCCAGGGGCCAGGCUCCACCUUCAGCUCACACAAUCGUCCAAUCAAAAAGAUGCUGAAGCGUGCAAGCACUGCCCCAAACAUCCCUCCGCCAAUCAACUCCACAAUUUAUGAAGAUGCAGAGCACAAGCCAAUCCGAGAGCGACGGUCUGGCAAGUCAGUCAGCAUGAUCACAGGCAGCUCUGAAAGUCUCCCCAGUAUGCCUGAAGAGGAUGAGGAGGACAUUGAUGAGGGCCAGGGUAGCGAGCUAGGCAGUAUGCGGAAGGAGUGGACCCCUAUUCCUGUCAACACUCACCUGCUGAGGCAGACUCGGGGGACACCCACAGGGUCCAUGGCUGAUCUCAGACUCUCUGAGGCAGAGAUAAAGAACAGAAGGACCUUGUCGCUGAUCACGAGUGAAAUGAUACAGACGGAAAGAGACUAUGUGAGAGCGCUGCAGUUCAUCAUCGACAACUAUAUCCCCGAGCUGGACCGAGAAGACGUCCCACAGGCGCUACGAGGGAAGAGGAAUGUUAUCUUUGGGAACAUUGAGAAUAUCUACCAGUUCCAUAGUCAGCAUUUCCUAACUGAACUGGAGAUGUGUGAAACAAACCCCUUCCUGAUUGGGCAGUAUUUUCUGCGGCAUGAGACCCAGUUCUACCUGUAUGCACUUUACAACAAGAACAAGCCCAAGUCAGACAACCUAAUGGGAGAGUACGGCAAGCACUUCUUCAGGAACCUCACCCUUCACAGAUCUUCACUCCUUUCACAACUCCUCACCUUUGACUCUUCACCUUUCUUGACUUCACAUCUUCAGAUUUUCCUUUCCUUUCACCUUUUCAGAUUUUCCUUUCUUGAGACGUUUUGUAAAGUGGAUAUAUAUGUUAAUGACAGUUUUCACCCAUGUUUCUUGAUAACCAUUCCACAGGCUGCUGAGGAAAUGGUGAAGUUCCAGCUUCGCCAUGGCAACGACCUACUUGCUAUGGAUUCACUACGAGAAUGUGAUGUGAACCUGCAGGAGCAAGGGAGGCUACUCCGUCAGGAUGAGUUCCUGGUGUGGCAGGGCAGAAAGAAGUCACUGCGGCGUGUGUUUCUGUUCGAGGACCUCAUUUUGUUCAGCAAGACAAAGCGGGGUCGACAGGGCCACCAUGACAUCUAUGUUUACAAGUACAGCUUUAAGACCUCUGAUCUUGGUUUGACGGAGAACUAUGGCGACAGUGGCUACAAGUUUGAGAUUUGGUUUCGUCGGCGGUCUCUGGGAGAGAACUACAUCCUUCAGGCUCAGAGCUCUGACGUGAAGCGGGCAUGGGUACGGGACAUUUCCAAGAUGUUGUGGAAGCAGGCCAUCAAGAACAGAGAGGUGCGUCUUACAGAAAUGGCCACGAUGGGGGUUGGCAGUAAGCCUUGCCUGGAUCUCAAACCCAGCGCUGACAACAUACAGGAUCGCUUCAUCAACGUUGCUCUCGGCUCCAGGGGAUCUCGAACAAGGAACUCUAUAGCAGUAUCAUCGUUCGAGCACCUGCGGAACGGCAACAAGCGCCCCCACUCCAUCAUCUCUGUGAGCAGCACCUCUUCCUCCAACUCCAGCCACUCCAGUUUCGGUCUGUUCGGGUCUCUCAACCUCGCCUUCGACCCUCUCGACAGUCCCCGGUAUCAGAGGAGAUCUGUCACCUUCCUGUCAAAUGAGAGCGGUAUUGGUACAGACAUUUCUAGUGGAGAGGCGGACCCUGGGGGAGGAGGGGGGACCGAAGGGGGGGGAAGCCAGGUCCAGAGGAUCUAACUCCAGUGUCCUCAGCCAGGUCCUAUAUUGAUUACAUGAAAUCCAGGGUGUUCAAGCAGAAUUAUGAAACUGUUGUAACAGAUGUAUGACACUGUGACAUCAGUAAGAUCUUGGUGCUUUCAAAUUAACACCUCCCACCCUUUAGUGGACUCUUCCACGCAAGACAAGGAAGGGUCCAUGGUGUGAAGAAAAGGGUAAACAGGAGGAAAAAACAGACCAAAGACAGAAAGGGUUGAUCCCAUUACAGCUUUGCAUGUAGUGUUCAACUUACGGAUGUGAUCAAAGUGCUGUGCAAUGAACUGCUCGUCACAGCCUGAAGAUUCACUCCCGAUUGUGUAAACAAACGUAAUAAUUUCAACCACAGUACCUAUACAAGAGUUCACAUUAAUGAAUGAGUCAGACAUGUUUCUGAAAUGAGCUCUCUUUUCUGACAUACUAGUAAUGAAUCAAACUGGACCCGGCGUGUAUAAACAACACACAUUCACCUAGUGAUAUUGACUGGGUCUUCUCACCUUGCCAUAGGUGGAACCUUCUUAUAUACUCUGAGUUGGAGGAAAUAUCCUCUGAAGCAGUUUUUUAGACUGUACUGAGUAUGAACAAAUGAGUGGUGGUGAUACUGAAAGAGAACUGAGCAAAAGGCUCUGAAUAUACCUGAACUUAGCCUUCCUAAACAAGCAAAGUGACAUCUAACUGGCGGCAAUCUGGCAUGUCUAAUAAUGUACUGAUUGGUUGGUUGUAGUCAGGUGAUGCGACAGCAGAAACCUGAUUGGCUGAAGAACAAACAUGUCCAUGAUGAUGAACUGUGUAUCUCUGUAUAUCAUUAUGUAUACUGAUUCUUCCAUCAUUUUAUAUUUGGUCUUCUAUGACAGAUCGUUUUAUAUCAUUGUGUACAGUCAAUGCAAGCUAUAUAUCACACAUAUGUAUCGUUUGUGAUGCUGAUGCAAUAUCUGGUAAAUAUCUAAGAGUAAAAAAACACUGACAUCAUGUGUAUAUUUAUGCCCAGUGUGAGCUGUGUUAGGGCCCCUCGCUACCUCAGUAUAUAUGUAUAUCCUGUGAAUGUACCAGCUAUAUGUGUGCUUGGAAUAGCCUUUUGUUUGUGCUUUUGUUUAUUUCUUCUUGUUUGGUUGGUCCACUUCCUUCUUCUAUAUACAAAUAUGGUUUCAGGGAUGACUUUGGUCUCCAGUUGGUACAGCUCUACACUAUAACACAUUAUUUAUCUUUUAGAAUUGUAUGAACAAACUGUUGAGCCAGUUCCAAGUGCUCAAAAAUCUGUGUACAAGCUGAUACAAGUGGGACCACGUUUGAUCUGAGACAAUGUAUUUAGGAUUAUAUUGAGGCCAUGCACUAUUUAGUUGUGAUAAGUGGUUUUACCUUCAGUAUAACCAUACAUCUUACAGACUCAGUAUACAUGGUCCGUCUGUGUCUGUGUAGAAUACGGAGUUCAUGGUCUCAAAUGUUAAUGUUUCUAAGGCUAUGUAAAAAUGUUUUCUCAUCAGUUUAUUUUCAAUCUUAUGAGGACACCAAACUUUGGGUUUGUUACUAAUUGGUAAAACCUUUAAUUAUUUGAAACUUUGCUGGGCAUUUUCUAAGAUUUAUUUUACAAUAUAGCAAGUAAUCAAACUCUUCAAGCUGCUUAGGGGAAGAGUCAAAAGUGAUGCAGGCUGUCACGUGACGAGGGGGGUUACUCCCUCCAUUUAGUUUACACUUUGAAUGAUGAGAAUUAUUAGCACACUUUUGACAAACCUUUUGCUUUUAAUGAGCUUCCAGUGUGUAUCGUGGCAUUUGUUUAAACCAAGGUGCCUUCCCUUAACUAGAACAAAAUGUCACUUUGACUUUACAUGGCUGCCAAAGCACAUUGAACAACCAAUAGCAAAUAUUUGUUUGGAACAAAUUUGUGUUCCAUAAUUGUGUAUAAAAAAAGCAGUGUAUUUGUCAUAUAUUUUAAGAAAUCCUCAUGUUCAAAAUUUACAGAACAGCAGUGUUCAUCUCUGCUGACAUGGCACAACUAUCUGAAACAACGUGUGGGAAUGGGAUUAAUAUUAUAUGUUCAGAUGUUAACUCUUUUUUGAGGGGACUAUUUUGAAAGUAGUUAGCUCUUCUGCUUAAUUAACAAAGGGUAGGAUGGGUUGGAACUUUUCAAUAUUAUACAAGCUUGUGAUAUAUGGAGAAACAAUCACCAGUAUUACAACUGAGCUUAGAGCAAGUCCUGUCGGCAUUAUGAUUUGAGUGAUAAGAACAAAUCUGAUAAACUUGAAACAUGGCAGACAUAGUUUUUCAUCGGGUUGUUCAUUACUGUUGUGCAGUGUAGUUGAAGUAUUCAAAUAGUUACAUCACCACAAUUCUCUACUACUCUGAGAUGUAACUUAUAGUCGUGAUUAUCAGCAGCAGAAGAAGGUGCUCAGGCUGAUGGUUCCACCAUAUUCACAUGGGCAGGAGUGGCUGUACGAGCUGUUCCUGUCAUGAUCUCUAAUGGUUGACAGUAUUCUUCCCCAACAAUGGUACAAGUGGACUUGUUGCACUUCCUUCGUCUGGUUCAGGUCAAUUAAAGCAAAUAUUUUUGUCAGGCCCAUUGUUCACUGAAAAUGACCUUUUCAAGAAAAGUAUUUUUUAAAUUCUGCAAUGUCAUGCUCUACCUUUAAACAUCAGUUUCUUUAAGCUGUCAUAUUUUGCAGACCUCUGUGUUGUUGAGAUGCCAGACAGCAAUAUGUUACAUUGCUAUUCACAAGGGCCCUGGUUUCAUUGAGUGGUUACUGGGCAAAUGUAAUGAGGGUCUGGACGAGGGGGCUCAGUUAUCAUCUAAGUCAUGCUUUUGAAAAUUGCACUCAUCCACAUAAUGUUAUUUAUUGAUUGUUAACUGCUUUUCAUAUGACAUCAGUGUUGUUGGUUUUAUGAAAUUCCUGCCAUUGCACUCGUCUCAUCCAGGCCCUCAACCCAUGGGUAUUUCCUAUGCAUGAAAUAAUGGCAUUGUUGUUACAAGAUUCUAAAUCUCUAAUACUCACCUGUUAGCAUGGACACCUGUAUAUUUGGAAAUGGAGUUUUAUGAACAUUGCAUAUGUAUAAAGUGGUAUUUUUCUAGCGCCAAGGACCGUUACCAUGGAUAUUAGAAAUGAGUUAAAAUUGCAAACAAGAUGAGAUUUAUAUAGCUACACUAGGGUGAAUGUAGUUUUCAGCAGUAGGAUGAUCUCAAUAAAUACCAUUGUACAAAUA